AUGCGUACAGGCCAGGGGUCAUCGGCUAUCUACUCCGUAGGCCACCACCCCCGCUCGGUAGUCUUGAUGUGCAGAGGUGCGAGCCCAUGUCCUGGUCAUCUCUACCCUGGCCAAGAACUGUCACAGCAUGUUCGGGUGGCUGGAAGCCCGGCCUGA